AUGGCAUUUCGAAGCAGGGAAUAUUUCAAGUUCGGGCGGAACUUGGUUGGAAUCCGGGCACAUAACGGUACCAUGGCCGUAGAUCGAACGGAAGACUAUCGCGAUGCGGUGAAGUCUCUAGCAGUGCGGCUUGGGUACGACCAGGCUCGCCUGGCGCAGGUCUCAUCCGCCAUGAUGCUCAAACCCACCUCGGGAGGCGGCGAAGAUUCCACGAAGGAUGUCUUUGCCAGGCUGGCAUGUGACGUGCUAUCAGACGAGCGUGCGCUGCACUCCGUCCUAAUGAGCGAGGGGCGGGAGUACUGCAGUGCUGCUUCGGACCACGUGGUUGGGCACGCAGUGAUGGAGAGACGGCGAGACGCCUUUGAAGCAAAGGUGGGCGGCAUGGUGAAGGAGUGCAAGGAGGGGAUAGAGGCGCUGAGAGGCAGAUUGCCCCCACCAGGAGGGGCAGCGGGGCGAAAUGCUCAGUUGACAGCCCAUCAGCAUGGCGUGGGCCGUGAGCAGGUGAUGCAGGAUGCAGAGAUGGUGGCGUUGCAGGAGGAGUUGAGGGGGCUGUUGAGCAGCACGGCACAGGCAGAGGCGAGGGUGAUGGAGCUGGCGGCUCUGAACCACCUGUUUGCCGUGCACGUGCUGCAGCAGAGCGAGCAGGUCCAGCAGCUGUAUGCUGAGGCAGUGGCAGCAUCGGAGAGAAUAGACAAGGGCAACAAGGAGUUGAAGAAGGCAGCCGCACACGGCAGCAGCCAUCGCACCUUCCUCAUCCUCUUCUUCUUUGUGCUGCCGCUCUCACUGCUGUUCUACGAUUGGGCAGGAGAGUGCGUUAUUUCCUACUCAUCCCCUUCCCCACUCAUCCCCUUCCCCACUCAUCCCCUUCCCCACUCAUCCCCUUCCCCACUCGUCCCCUUCCCUACUCGUCCCCUUCCCCACUCAUCCCCUUCCCCACUCAUCCCCUUCCGCACUCAUCCCCUUCCGCACUCAUCCCUUUCCGCACUCAACCCCUUCCCCACUCAUCCCCUUCCCCACUCAUCCCCUUCCCCACUCAUCCCCUUCCCCACUCAUCCCCUUCCCCACUCGUCCCCUUCCCCACUCGUCCCCUUCCCCACUCAUCCAAUUCCCUACUCAUCCCCUUCCCCACUCGUCCCCUUCCCCUUCCCCACUCGUCCCCUUCCCCACUCGUCCCCUUCCCCACUCGUCCCCUUCCCCACUCAUCCCCUUCCCCACUCAUCCCCUUCCCCACUCAUCCCCUUCCCCACUCAUCCCCUUCCCCACUCAUCCCCUUCCCCACUCAUCCCCUUCCCCACUCAUCCCCUUCCCCACUCGUCCCCUUCCCCACUCGUCCCCUUCCCCACUCGUCCCCUUCCCCACUCCUCCCCUUCCCCACUCAUCCCCUUCCCCACUCAUCCCCUUCCCCACUCAUCCCCUUCCCCACUCGUCCCCUUCCCCACUCAUCCCCUUCCCACUCAUCCCCUUCCCUACUCAUCCCCUUCCCCACUCAUCCCCUUCCCCACUCGUCCCCUUCCCCACUCGUCCCCUUCCCCACUCGUCCCCUUCCCCACUCGUCCCCUUCCCCACUCAUCCCCUUCCCCACUCAUCCCCUUCCCCACUCAUCCCCUUCCCCACUCAUCCCCUUCCCCACUCCUCCCCUUCCCCACUCAUCCCCUUCCCCACUCAUCCCCUUCCCACUCCUCCCCUUCCCCACUCGUCCCCUUCCCCACUCAUCCCCUUCCCUACUCAUCCCCUUCCCCACUCAUCCCCUUCCCCACUCGUCCCCUUCCCCACUCGUCCCCUUCCCCACUCGUCCCCUUCCCUACUCAUCCCCUUCCCCACUCGUCCCCUUCCCCACUCGUCCCCUUCCCCACUCGUCCCCUUCCCCACUUGUCCCCAAAAUUCUCUUCCCCCACUAUUGCUCUCACGAGUUAG